CCCAGAGAUUACUGAACUUUGUAGGCAAAUGAACUUAUAGCCAUGGCCGACUAUGAUAUCAUACCUUGCUACGACGACGAACAAUUAUUUCAAGACAAAAACGACAAUGUUACAGAUCUACACGCUUAUUACAUGUCACAAUUCAAUUUAGAAUUAGAGAACAGCAAAACGAAACCAAAAGAUGAUAGUUUUAAAUAUGGUAUUGAAGAGAGCUUCGAUUUUGAAGUGCUAGAAAAUUGGACGACUACAGAUAAUUCAUAUAAUGUCAGCGAUAAGACCAAAACAGAUUUCGAAAUGAUAGAUGAAGUAAUCGACGGUAACAUAAACGAUCAAAAUAUAAAGGAAGUAUUGCUUGAUUUAGACAGCAUUGAAUUUGAUGAUAGCAGUUUCAAAUCUGAUGCUUGUGAUGAAAAAACGAAAACAAAUGCUACUUUUGAUAUAAAUAACGAUUAUAUAGACGAUGAAUCGUUGAUUGAUGAACUUUGUAGGGAAGAUAGUGAGACAUGUCGCUUAACUCCAGAUGCUUAUAACGAAGACUGUUUUAAUUUGAUGCCAAGUGACAACCAACUACCUUCAAUAGAAACAGCGUUCACAAAACGUUAUUGUAAUUAUACAAACAACGAAGAAACUUUGCCAACACAAGAUAAUUCUUGCGUGAAUACUCAACUACAACAGAAUCAGGUUGUAAGCAGUAUUGAACAUUACAGUUAUCCAAAUAACAUUCUGCAUAAUUUAGAAGGUGAACGCAAUUAUAUUUUACCAGACACUCCAACAAGUUGUACAGAAUUUAGUUAUGAAAGACACGAAAGAAAAGCAUCUGUAUCAGAAUCGAUAGAAAGUUCUAGUUAUUAUGAUGAAAACUCAGAGACGUUUGACGAAGAUGAACUUUUUAUUAAUUUAGAUGAUUUUGGAUUAAAUUUUGAGAGGGAUAAUGAAUUUACCGCUUCCUAUGAUGCCAAUACUAGUAUUACAAGUGAACGGAAAGUGGAAAAGGAAAAACAAGGUGAAAGGGUGUGCCUCUGGGAGCAGUGCUAUGAGAGACAUGCGAACCAAAACAUGCUGGUGGAGCAUAUUGAGAGGGCACAUGUUAAUACGUAUAAAGGGGACGAAUUUAGUUGUUUAUGGAAGGAAUGCGCCCGCGCACGGCGUCCGUUCAACGCUCGGUACAAACUUCUCAUUCACAUGCGCGUGCACUCCGGACAUAAGCCUAAUAGAUGUCAUCAUCCAGGCUGCGGCAAAGCGUUCUCUCGUCUGGAAAACCUGAAGAUCCACGUACGCUCGCACACCGGGGAGCGACCGUACGCGUGCCCCGCGCCGCACUGUCGGAAGGCUUUCUCUAACUCUUCUGAUAGAGCCAAGCAUCAGAGGACGCACUUUAAUGCUAGACCCUACGCCUGCGGUGCAAUCGGUUGUGGCAAGCGCUACACCGACCCAUCCUCCCUCCGUAAGCACGUCAAGUCACACCCCCACAUCCCCGCGCCCCGCGCGUGCCUCCCCCCCGCUAAACCAGUCAAACGGCCAGAGGAACAACUAGUACCUAGCUCCCCGGCCAAACCCGCGACAUUGAGAUGUAUACGGGAUAAACUGACAGUUCCUAUGAAAAUGUAG